AUGCGCUUCAAAGUGUAUGUCGCUGCGGCGACGUACCUACUUUUAAGCUCUCAAACCGCCCAGGCUGGUCCUAUUAGACGGGCAUAUAAUGUAAUCCCCCGUGACGAGACAACUGCUCCGACAGGCGUGCCUGACUCAAAUAGAUCGAAUCCGCUGACGACGGGCGUGCCCGUGGCAUCUACCCCGGGACCAAAUUCGGGACCCCCGACUCCGACUCCGUCUGCGUCUGCUUCGCUCCCUGAUUCUUUGCAUCCCACGACGGAGUCUACGGCCCAUCCGGGACAGUCGACGGAUACUCCUACUACAGACCCUUUGGGGGCUGUUCCUACAAGUGGCUCUACUACGGCGGUGCUCGGAUCGGGACAGACGACACAUGCUGCAGGGGAGUCCUCGACUAACGCUGCCACAGGGCCAGCUUUGUCUAGCGGUGGUCAUUCUAUUUCCGAGUCUACGGGUGUAGCAACGACGACAAGCACGCCUGGUGCAGCACCGACGACUGUGCCCGGCACAUCUCCAAGCAGCGUGUUCGGUGUGGGACCGACGAACACAAUCGCCUCAUCCCCAGCUACUACAGCCAGUACAUUUCCGACUGCUGUACUCGGCACGGACCCGACGGCCACGGGUGCGGUUGGUACAUCUCCAACUGCUAUACUCGGUGCGCAGCCAACGAGUGUACUCGGUCUGGAACCAACGACUACAACGAGCAUAGCACCGACGCCUACAGCCGGUACAGCACAGACAGCUGUUGUCACUACUCCCACAACAACAGCAACUGCAAGUUCAACAAUAACAGCUGGUGAUGUGGGUGCCACUGGACUGCCUACGACAACGGCGCCAGGGUUGCUGGCAACCCCCUCGACUUUGCCAACGACUGAGGCUGCUAGUCGAACAACAACCACCUCCGGCGGCGUCACAACGCCAACUUCGAACAUGAUCUUUGAGACAACCUCUCGGGCCACUGCAACCACAGGUACCUCGUCUGUCCCAAGCUCACUCACAAUUCCCGGGUCCGGCACAGACACAGGCACUGGCACAGGGGGCUCAUCCUCUCCCAACUCAGCUCCAACAAACGUCCUUGGCCCUGGCACAGCUACGGCUAUCUCUGACCUAACAAGUCAGACAUCAUCGCAAACAGGGGCUCCAGGCUCUGGCACCACAACUCCCGCGACGGGGACAUUGACCAGCCAGUCGUACUCCAUCACAGGGCCAACUACCACACCUAUCGUGACUACACGUCAAUUCCCUCUGAACACGACUGUUGCGUCGCUCGUUACGGGUGGAGGUGAUCUAACAACACCGCUUGGAGCGUCUGCCACCACUUCUGGGGCACAGUUCAUCACGAGUCGUGAGAACAACUCAAUCUCCACUACACAAAGUGAUCUCUUUAACACAGCGACCACCCAGUCGACUACAGAUCAAUACGGUUCUACAGGAAACACUCUGGGGUCAUCUGCCACCACCACUUCCGUGAAAGAGUUCAUCACGAGCUCUCAGAGCGAGCCAACUACCUCGGCAUCAUCUACGGACUUCAGUACGUCGUCUGCCCCAAGCAAUGGCCAGACAACUCAGAAUGUACCUGGCUCGACAACCAUAGGAACUUCAGAGCCUACUGCGACAGUUUCGACUCUUACAUCUGGUCCUCCGCAAACCAGCAACACAGGUGAUGCUUCAAAUCCUACGGGGUUGCCAACCGUAACUCUCCCAGGACUCACAACAACAUCAUCAUCAUCCACUGAACAACAGGGAUCACAGUCGACAGGCACGGCCACAUCGUCGCCCACAACAACAAUCACAGUAACCCCCACCGGCCAGCCGGACUCCAAAGUCCCAACUGCAUUUUCCAGCUUCCCAACCGCCACCACAACCAUUCCUGCAUCUGUCUACGCCUCCAACCUCGCGCAGGCCAAAGACCUCAACAGCGUCUUCUCCUCGCUCACACCCCAGUCCUCCUGUUCGGGGUCCCAAACGGCCUGUAUAUCCGGCCAGCUGGGCUCUUGUAGCAAUGGGGCUUUUAAUCUCGAUGCCUGUCCUCAGGGGCAAAAGUGCUAUGCGUUGCCCAUGACCAAUGUCAGGGGUGCAAAAAUAGGCUGUUACGAUCCUGCAUAUGCCCAGGGGAUUCUUGGGCCGGAGCAGAGCACCGGGCCGAGGAGCAUGCGUACGACGUUUAUAACCGAGACAAGGAGACCGGUUGUUACACGUACGGAAGUCCGCACCGUUACGAAUAAGUCAUCUACACCUACGCUUGUUCUGAGCCCCCAGCCGGAAGUGGGUGGAUCUUCAUCAGCCCAGUCUGAGUCCCAGCCAACACCAACGGCGUCGUCUUUGUCGGCGCCGACAUUAAUAUCGACAUCAACGUCAACCUUGAUAGAAUAUACCCCUUCGGCCCCCUCUGCUUCAACAACUACUCAAUCAUCACUACCAGUAACAACAAUACCUAUCCUCUCCCCUUCAACAACAACUACCACACCACUACCAGAGGCAACGACGCCUGUUCUCCCUUCGCUAGAGACAACCACUCCUCUACCAACGCCAACCACCACGCCCAGCCCUUCCCCUCCCACAACCUCGUCCUCCAUCCAACCAACCCAAGUGGUCAUCACACAAACCUUCGACAAGCCCACCAGUCUCCCACCACCAAACUCAACCAAACUGUUCCUCCGCCCCCUCGACGACGGAACAACAUCAACAACCGCCAGCGCGCCAGCCGCUGUGACAAGGAACGCUGGAGGCCCCGAUGCCGACCCAUCGAUGACGACUAUCGUUAACAACGGUACGCCUACGGUGUCGGUGUUUGUAACCGUCACAGUGACCGACACGCAGAAGGAGACGGUUACAGUGACAGCUCAUAAUUAA